AUGUCAACACCAGUCCGUCCGAAGCCGUAUUCACUGAGAACCGAACGGGCGGUCUGCCGGAAUUCAGUGAUUCGUUGUCCCGCCGUCGGAGAACGGAGAAAACCGAUGACGUCACCGCUGCGGUACAGUCCAAUGACGAGACGUGGCGGCCCAAAAGACGUGACGAAUGCACCAAGCGGCAAGAGAACCCGUCCGUUUCAUUCUUCCGGCUUCUCUCCCUCUGCUCCAGACUCCGCCCACCUUCCAAUUCCACGUCUCCAAUUCGAAAACGAGGAUUUUAUGGAUUUAUACUCGGAUGACAAUCAAGGAGUGCGCCCCGACUCUGUGUCUCUUCUCUCUCAAAAUCUCGCCCGUUCCGUCAUCACCGAACAACCGCCGCCCGUCGUCGUCGUAUCGCCACGUCAUCACGCGACGCUCCGCCCACGUCAUCAUAUGCGGACUCCGGAAUAUCGAUUUUUGACGAGAAGCUCGAAGACGUCGUCGUCGUCGAAAUCCAGAAGUCAGCAAUCACUUACCCCCAAACAUUAA